AGCAGUUGAAGCAGCGAAUUGGAGAAAAGGGUGUUGGGUAGUUCCGCUGACUGCGUCCACCACCACCACCACCACCUUACUCUUCUUCUUCCCAUGUCGUUUCCUUUACGUCACAGUUUUUAUUUUCAUAUACAAUGACCACAUUUAAAGUAAACUCUCUCUCUGUCUCUUUCAUAUCUAAUUUUCUUUAAAGUUUUAAACUUCAACUUCUGUACUCUCUCUCUCUCUCUCUCUCUCUAUCUCUCUCCCCACCUGUGGACUCGUUGUUGCAGAAUCGUCUCUUUACACACGUCCCCAAUCCCCAUUUCCCUUUUCUGUCUCUGCUUCUCUAAUUCUCAGGGAACGAGCAGAGAAAGAGAGAAGUAUUAUAUCAUGAUCAUUUGCAUGGCUGUGUUUAAACAGUUUGUGUCUUUAUUUCUUGUAUUGGCACUUCUUAUUACAAGUAGUAUUAGCUGUGUGUAUGGUCGUUUUGUGGUGGAGAAGAGUAGCAUAAGUGUUUUAUCACCCUUGAGUUUGAGAUCAAAACACGAUAGUGCAAUAGGGAAUUUUGGUAUACCUGAUUAUGGUGGUUUCAUGGUUGGUUCUGCUAUGUAUCCUGACAAAGGAGCUUCUGGGUGUCAAGCUUUUGAUGGUGAUAAGCCUUUCAGGUCCAAAUCUCCUCGCCCCACUAUUCUUCUGCUCGAUCGUGGAGAAUGCUAUUUUGCUCUGAAAGCAUGGAAUGCCCAGCAAGCUGGAGCUGCAGCAGUUUUAGUGGUUGAUAGUAUUGAUGAGCCACUAAUAACUAUGGACUCUCCUGAGGCAAAUGGUGAUUCAGAUGGCUAUGUGGAGAAGAUUGGAAUCCCAUCAGCCUUGAUAGAGAGGUCUUUUGGUGAGAGCUUGAAGCAAGCUUUGAAGAAUGGUGAGGAUGUUGUUAUCAAAUUGGACUGGAGAGAGUCUGUUCCCCAUCCUGAUCAGAGAGUUGAAUAUGAGCUUUGGACAAACAGCAAUGAUGAAUGUGGGACUCGAUGCGAUGAGCAGAUGGAUUUUGUAAAGAAUUUCAAGGGUCAUGCUCAAAUCCUCGAGAAAGGGGGUUACACAAUGUUCACUCCACACUAUAUUACUUGGUAUUGUCCGCAGGCUUUUAUUCUCAGCAAUCAGUGCAAGUCUCAGUGCAUAAACCACGGAAGAUACUGUGCACCUGAUCCAGAACAGGAUUUUGGGGAGGGAUAUCAGGGUAAAGAUGUGGUGAUUGAGAACUUGCGGCAACUUUGCGUCCAUAGAGUUGCCAAUGAGAGUGACCGAUCUUGGGUUUGGUGGGAUUUUGUCACAGAUUUUCAUAUCAGGUGUUCCAUGAAGAAGAAAAGGUAUAGCAAAGAAUGUGCCGAGGAUGUUCUGAAAUCACUUGAUUUGCCUCUUGAUAAGAUAAAAAAGUGCAUGGGUGAACCUGAAGCUGAUGUGGAGAAUGAAGUACUGAAAACCGAGCAAGAACUCCAGGUCGGGCGAGGAUCUCGUAGUGAUGUUACCAUCUUGCCAACACUAGUUAUUAAUAAUGUUCAAUACCGAGGAAAAUUGGAGAGAACUGCUGUGCUGAAGGCCAUAUGUGCUGGAUUUAAGGAGACCACUGAUCCUCCAAUCUGCUUAAGUUCAGAUCUUGAGACAAAUGAGUGUCUUGAAAGAAAUGGAGGCUGUUGGCAGGACAAACAAUCUAAUGUAACUGCUUGCAAGGACACAUUUAGGGGAAGAAUAUGUGAGUGCCCGGUGGUGAAGGGCGUACAGUACAGAGGAGAUGGUUAUGCAUCUUGUGAAGCUUUUGGAUCUGCAAGGUGUUCGAUAAAUAAUGGAGGGUGCUGGUCAGACACAAGAAAUGGAUUAACUUUUUCAGCAUGCUCAGAAUCGCAGUUAUCAGGCUGUGAAUGCCCAGAAGGCUUUAGAGGGCAUGGCCAUGAUAAGUGUGAAGAUAUUAACGAAUGCAAGGAACGCACUGCCUGUCAGUGCGAUGGUUGCUCCUGUAAGAAUACUUGGGGUGGAUAUGAGUGCAAAUGCAAGGGAGACCUCCUUUACAUGAAGGAACAAGAUGCCUGUAUUGAAAGAAAUGGAUCGAAAUUUGGAUGGUUCCUCACUUUUGUGAUCGUAGCGGUUGUAGCAGGAGCUGGUAUUGCUGGUUAUAUAUUCUACAAAUACAGGCUUCGGUCUUACAUGGACUCAGAGAUCAUGGCUAUCAUGUCACAGUACAUGCCCCUUGACAACCACCAUAACAGCGAAGUCCCAACCGAAGCCCAACCUCUACGACAGGGCACUUCCGUGUAAGAAACAAAAGCUAAAAGAAAUCAGUUGUACAAAAGGAUAUAUCUUCAUUAGAGAAUCGAUUUACAAUUACAUAAACUUAUAGACAUGGCAGCUCUUACAUGCAGCAGAGAGGUCAACUUCUUGAUCUGCCAUACAUUGUUAGGACCUUGUGAGUUAUUGAAAUAGACAAAUACGUCACGGAUUUUUCUUUUUCUUUUUUUAUUUUUCCCCUUUCUUGCUAUGUAAAUAAAAUAGUUGAGAUGUAUAUUUAGCUUCAAGAAGUAAUAAGGUACUGCUGGAUAAAAAAGAAACAGAACAAGGAUGUGAAAUGAAAAGGCAGUAGUGCCUUUAUCAUGUUCCACUGAACAAUUUACAGAUUUCUUUUGCAAAUUGACAUUUUCCAUAUUGGCCGGAGCUGUGCA